AUGGCUCCCAAUCCCUACCUCUUAGCCGCCGACAACCCGGACGCCCUGCUUACUCUCCUCCGCGAGAACCCCGCCAUUGCUUCCAGCCAGGAUGAGCACGGCUACUCCCUUGUCCACGCCGCCGCGAGCUACAACCACCUCGAGCUACUCCGCGCCCUGAUCCGCGAAUUCAACGUCAACGUCGACAUCAAGGACGAAGACGAAGAGACCGCGCUCUUUGUGGUCGAGACCGUUGCUGCCGCAAAGUGCCUGGUCGAAGAGCUUGGCGCCGAUAUCAACGCCAAGGGCGCCGACGGCAUCACUGCCAGCCAAAAGAUUGAGGGCGAGGGAGACUACCCGGAGAUUGCCGAGUACCUGCAGGGCAUCGAGACACGGAGAACCGCCUCUGCCGCUGCUGCUGCAGAAGCUGCUGCUCCUACUUCUACCGCCACCUCCACCACCACCACCGAUACCGCUGCCCCGCCCAUCGACAUGCCGCCCGUCCCCGAAGGUCUCGCCGUGACGCUCGGCACCAUGGACCAAGCCGAAGAAGUUCCUGCCGAAGUCGACCCCGAGUUCAAGCGCCGGAUAGAGCAGCUGGCCGAGAGGGAGGACUUCCACACCGCCACGGGCCAAGCUGAGCUGCGCCGCCUUGUCGAAGAUGCCGUCCUCGGCCAGGACCUGGGCGACGAACGCAGUGUGCGUCAGAAGCAGGUUUAA